GCGUCCGUGAGGCGUUUGGGUGAGCUCGGAUCUCUGAGUGACGCGACAAGGACCAGACGAAGAGGAGCAAGGAAGUGUCCGGAUCGCCUCGGGCUCUCGGCGACAGAAACAUCCCCAGUCAGGGACGCCUCCCCCCCGCAUCCUCUCCAAGCAGCAGCAUCAGGACCACCAGGAUGGAGGCGGAAAUUCACGUGCCAGACGACCUCACCCCAGAGGAAAAGCAAGAGCUGGAGAAUAUCCGCCGGCGAAAGCAGGAACUGUUGGAGGACAUUCAGCGGCUGAAAGAUGAGAUAGCAGAUGUGACCAGUGAGAUUGAGAACCUUGGUUCUGCUGAGGAGAAGAAAAAUAUGCAAAGGAACAAACAGGUGGCCAUGGGCCGUAAAAAGUUCAACAUGGACCCCAAAAAGGGCAUCCAGUUCCUGAUUGAGAAUGACUUGCUGAAGAAUACCAGUGACGACAUUGCUCAGUUCCUUUACAAAGGCGAAGGCCUAAACAAAACAGCCAUUGGAGAUUACCUCGGAGAGAGAGAUGACUUUAAUAUCCAAGUCCUUCAUGCCUUUGUGGAGCUUCAUGAGUUCACCGACCUCAACCUUGUUCAGGCCCUGAGACAGUUCCUCUGGAGUUUUCGUCUGCCUGGAGAAGCCCAGAAGAUCGACCGCAUGAUGGAAGCCUUUGCUCAGCGUUACUGUCACUGCAACAACGGUGUUUUCCAGUCCACAGACACUUGCUACAUCCUGUCCUUUGCCAUCAUCAUGCUGAACACCAGUCUUCACAACCCAAAUGUGAAGGACAAGCCCGGUGUGGAACGAUUUAUCUCCAUGAACCGAGGCAUAAACGACGGAGGAGACUUACCUGAAGAUCUGCUCAGGAACCUGUACGAUAGUAUCAAGAACGAACCGUUCAAAAUUCCAGAAGACGACGGGAACGACCUCACACACACUUUCUUCAACCCCGACAGAGAAGGCUGGCUGUUAAAACUGGGAGGGGGGCGAGUUAAAACCUGGAAGAGGAGAUGGUUCAUUCUCACAGACAACUGUCUUUACUACUUUGAGUACACCACAGACAAAGAACCACGAGGAAUCAUCCCGCUGGAGAACUUGAGCAUCAGGGAGGCAGAGGAUAAGAAGCCGAAUUGUUUUGAGCUUUACAUUUCUGAGAGCAAGGAUCAGGUAAUAAAAGCGUGCAAAACUGAGGCUGAUGGGCGUGUUGUGGAGGGCAACCACACCUUCUAUCGUAUCUCUGCUCCCACCGCUGAGGAGAAAGAGGACUGGAUGAACAGCAUAAAGGCUGCCAUCAGCAGGGACCCUUUUUACGAGAUGUUGGCGACCAGAAAGAAGAAGGUGUCGUCCGUUAAGAGGCACUAGAGCUGCUCAACUUUUCUGACAUUGCACUUGACAGAGCGGUGGGGGUCCGGCUGUUUGCUCGCCCUAUCUGGGUCGAUGCAGAGGCCACAGUGGAGGUCUGACCUCUUCAAGGGAUUCCUCAAGGACUGAUUCUAGGACUGCAGGCAGAAAAAUCAGGAAGCAUGCUGGUGUGUUAAAUCCUAACCUCCCGCCUAAUGGCCGCCCUUUUUCUUUCACACCUCGGCAUGUUCUCUCCCUUUGGAGCAGGAAUGAGAUGUUGCUAUUUAACUAAAGAAAAAUCUCCUUUGAAGAGGCUUUAAACACCUUCCCCAUCUCAAGUUUCAUAAACAUUGUACAAAUACCCAACAAAAUUUCCUCUUUGCACACUUUGUUUUAACUCAGCAGGUCUGACCCGAGUGUGGCAACCCAACCAAACUAUUCACUGUCUGAAAGAAAAUAUCUUUUUCUAAUCUGUUUUCAAAAGUUUUAUGUAUUUUUUACUGCUUUUAAUGUUUGUUGAUUCCUAUCAAGUUUACUUUGUUUCUUUGCUUUUUAAUACGAGUAUUUUGUAGCAGAAGCUGUUCAGAGGCUGUUGGAGGUCUGAUUAGUACUUCUAUGUAAAUUUUAAAAAAGGAACAUGAAAACAUUUCUGUUACUUAAAAAAAAAAAAAAAAAAAA